AUGACAGAAGCCAGUCUUUUGACCGAUGAGCAGAUAAAUGAUCUGCUGUCGCAGGCUGAAGCCCGCCUGCGGGAGAAGUCAGAGACAACAAAUGAAGACGAGAUUAGUUUGGAGGCGAGUACCACGACGACAUCCAGGAAAACAAUUCCAAGACUACGCCAUAGCCUGGUCCGAUCAAAGUAUAUUCACGACAACCAAGGUGUCGCCGAGACCAAUGCCAAAGCCACACUCGAGCGGCAGCACAGCUUGCCGGUGGAUGGGUUGAGGUCCAUCGAAGUGCCUCACAAAUCCAAGAAACUGAAUGACCAAACCAGUGCAGGACCUAACUGGUUUGACAUGCCGAAAACAAACUUGACUCCCCAACUGAAGCGCGAUCUUCAACUCAUCGAAAUGCGAUCAGUGCUCGAUCCGCACAGACAUUACAAGAAAAAUAACAGAAGAGGCAGAGUGCCCACGUUCUCGCAGACAGGAACAGUCAUCGAAGGCCCUACAGAAUUUUUCAGUGCGAGAAUUAAUAAGAAGGAUCGGUCGAAGAACUUUGUCGAGGAGGCCAUAGCCACCGAGAGAGAAACGGGGCGGUUCAAGCGAAAGUACAGUGAGAUUCAAGAGACGAAGAGAAGCGGCAAGAAGGCACACUACAAAAAACUCAUGGCUAAGAGAGGGAAAGGACCCUGA